CAGGAGCGCGUCCCUUCGUCUCUCUCUUCCACUUUUUUUUAUCCUUCGCUUAUUACUCUGCCCUUCUUUCCAAAAAUCCAGAUUCGACUCUCUCUCUCUCGCUUGCUCGCUCGCUUGCGUCAUGAUUCCCGCCACUCUCUUCAAUCUCUCUCCCACCGUUUAAAACCCUAACAUCUCUCUCUUUCUCUCUGCAAAUCGUCUUCAGAGAAGAGAAAAUUUAGUGGAACGACGGUUCGGAUUUAUGUCCCUCAAUCAAUCUAGGGCUGAGAAGAGCGAGGCCCAGGUGAGGAAACCGGGUCGAUCCGGAAGCUCUAACAACCAAAGGAGCUCCUCGGGUGGGGCAGGGAAGGGCGGCAGCGGGACCGCCCCUCCACCCUCUCCUUCGAUUUCCUCGUCGCCCUCGCUGUCAACAAACAAAGGCUUCAAGAAGUCUGGUAAUGGACAGGGAGGGCAGUCUAGGGUGGGCCCUGCGAGCACAAAUUCCGAACCGAAUGCUGCUGUCGCUGCCAACCGUGCCGUGCAAAAUGGCACUCAUGUCCAAUCUCAUGUGCAUGGGGUGUCAGAUGUGCCAGUGUCAGUCACUGCCAAACCAAUCGAAUCAUCUGUUCCAAGAAGCUCCCGAUCCCUUCCAAAGGCUCCAUCUUCUCAAACCACUUCUGGAGCAUCAGAUUCUGCAGUUCCUGCAACACCAUCGAAAGGAGAUGCGCCUAGAGCAUUUCCUCUUCAGUUUGGGACCAUAAGUCCGGGGUUCAUGAAUGGGAUGCAGAUUCCUGCUCGGACUAGCUCAGCUCCACCUAAUUUGGAUGAGCAAAAGCGUGACCAGGCACGUCAUAAUUCUGUUAGAGGCGUGCCCACGAUGCCUAUCCCUCCUGUUCUUAAGCAGCAGCAGAUGAGGAAGGAUGUCGGUAGCAUGAACCAGUCUAACACAGCAUCAUCUCAUCCACAACCACAGGCAAAGAGGGAUAUACACAUUCCUAUUCCAGCUGCCCCUGCCGCGACAGCCCAAAAGUCUUCUGUCCUGCCUAUGACCGGAAUGUCUAUGCCCAUGCCAUUUCAGCAGCCACAAGUUCCUAUACAAUUUGGUGGCCCUACCCAACAGAUUCAGUCACAGGGUGUCACGGCCCCUUCACUGCAAAUGCUACCUGUGGGAAAUGCUGCCCAGGUUCAGCAGCAGGUUUUUGUUCCAAGUCUCCAAUCUCAUCCAUUGCAGCCUCAAGGGAUGAUGCAUCAGGGACAAAGCCUGGGCUUUGCACCUCAGAUGGGUCAUCAAAUGGUCCCCCAGUUGGGCAACCUCGGAAUUGGAAUGCCCCCACAAUUUGCUCAACAGCAGGCUGGAAAAUUUGGUGCUCCUCGAAAAGCUGUCAAGAUAACUCAUCCAGAAACUCACGAAGAAUUGAAACUUGAUAAUAAAAGGACAGACUCGCAUUUGGAUGUUGGCUCCUCGGGGCCAAGGUCUCAUCCUAAUGUGCCCCCUCAAUCCCAGCCCAUUCCAUCCUUCCCUCCUGCUCAUUCAAUCAAUUACUAUCCUAUACCCAAUUCUUAUAAUUCCGCUCCCAUCUUCUUUCAACCUUCAUCUUCUCUUCCUUUAACAGGCUCCCAAAUGACUCCCAGUUCCUCUGCAUCAAGAUAUAACUAUUCCGUUGGACAAGGUGGGCAAGCCAUAUCUUUUAUGAACCCCUUGCCUGUUAGUAAGGCCGGGCCUCCUAUGCAGGGCAUGUCCGAACCCAUGAAUGUGGAACGCACUCAUGAUGGUCAUGUAAUGGUUUCUGCCCCAACAGCUUCGGUUCAGGUGACAGUGAAGCCACCUGUUGUUCCACUUGCAGCAAAGGCUGGUAUCUCUUCUGUGGCAGUGAAUCCAUCUACUGUCAAGGGUGAGCCAUCCAAGUUACUGAGAUCACCUGGUGAAGCUAUUGCUCAUCAUCAGCAAAGGGAAAUUGAGAUGGGUUCAGAAAAUAACUUUCAGCAGCCAAAAUCUGUUUCUGAAAAUCCCGAAACCAUUCCAUUGCCUGCCACAGUUAAAAGUUCUGCUGCUGCAUCUCCUGCUGUUUCAAUGCACAUUCCGCCCUCAAGUACUGAAUCAGUUCCUGUAGCCCCUGCUGAGGAGUCUACAUCUGUUGCGAGCAAUGCAGAAGGCAGAAGAAAAGAAUCUAUUAGAAGGUCGGACUCUUUCAAGGAUCAGCACAAAAAACCGAGCAAAAAGGAACCACGGCACUCCCAGCAACAACAUCAGGCAGAUAUAUCAGAUUCUGCAGGUGGUUUGAAGACAUCUUCAUUAAAGUUACCCAAGGAUAGCAUUUCCUCUGACUUAAAUGGCCAGCAACUGUCCAGAAAUCCUGAGAAUGUGCAGGCUCCUUCAGAGGCACUCAGGUCACCUGCUACUGCUAGCACUUCUUCAGUUGGGCAGCCUGAAACUGAAGAAGGUAAAGCCAUCCCUUCUAUGUCAGAAACCUCAGGAGUUGUCGUGGACACUGCUACCGAAGUAUCACAAGAUGUACAUCUGACUGGUGGUGUUCAAAUUGGGGAGGGAGGGUCCUGUGAGCCAGAAAACCUGCCAGAUCAUGAAGAGCAUGUAGCCACAUCUGAAGAUUUGGAUGCUUCUCAUCAUACAAAGCAAGAUAUCACUUUGUUGGAGAAACAAGAAAUUCCAGGAACAGAAGAACAGAGGAAAACCAAAAUAACUGAUGGUUCUGAACAAGAUCUUAGUAGCUUCGAAGUGCAUACAGGAUCAGCUGUUUCAGAAUCCACUGAAGACAGUAACCAAAUGGAAGUAGUAUCUCAACAGAGCGCAGCGAUAUGCAAUGUGGAAGAAACAAAUGCUGUUGAUGAGCCUACUUGUGCGGAAACUGAACAGAUGAACACCAUCGCAGAAGAAGUGGGCUGUAGCUCAGAGAUUGACAGAACUACAGAUAACUUAAUCACUUCAUCUACUGCCACAUCCUCGGGCUCUAUUGAUGCUGAUCCGACCAGUUCUCAUCAUAUUUCUUCUAUGGAUGCUCAGGAAGAUAAAAGUUCAGCUGCAGAUGCCUCUAAAAUUAAAAGUGAAAUAAGGACGCCCGAUCAAGAAACUUCAGAGAAAGUAUCUGGGCUAUCAUGUCAGGAGACUGCCCCUGCUAUGCUUUCAGAUUCGUCUGAAAGUGCCCAGAAACUUGAAGGGAGAAGUGCAUAUAACAUGAGCAGUGGUCCAGUUUCUACUUCAUUGUCAGCAUCCAAGGAUAGGAUCUCUUUGGAACAGAAUAGAGCCAAGGGUGCCUUGGCUGCCGGCAAGAAGAAAAAGAGAAAGGAAUUUCUUUUGAAAGCAGAUGCUGCAGGGACAAGUUCUGACCUGUAUAUGGCUUACAAGGGUCCAGAGGAGAAGCCUGAGACAGCUAUUACUCCAGAAAUUGUGGAUAAUACUUCUGAUGUCAAGCAGGUAUCUGCAGAUGCUACUGAGAAGGAUCUUCUAGCAACUGAGGAUGAUGCGCAGAGUAAAGCGGAAAUCGAUGAUUGGGAAGAUGUGGUGGAGAUUUCCAGUCCAAAACUGAAAACGUUAGAAAAUGGGGAACAGUUAGAUGGUGCCGGUAAGCAUGACGAUGAAUAUGGAAGUGGAGUUUCAGGUAAAAAGAAGUACUCUAAAGAUUUCCUCUUGACGCUUUCAGAGCAAUAUACUGACCUUCCUUUAGGCUUUGAGAUUGGAUCUGAUAUAAUAGAUGCGAUAAUGAGCGGUCCGGUGGCUAAUCCCCAUCUUGUCGAACGUGAAUCAUAUCCAAGUUCUGGAAGGAUUAUAGAUAGGCCAAGUGGAGGAUCUCGUCCUGACCGCCGUGGUAGCAGUAUUGUGGAUGAUGACAAAUGGAGCAAAGCACCUGGCCCUUUUGCUUCUGGACGUGAUCCACGUCUGGAUGUUGGUCAUGGUGGUGCUGUUAUAAAUUUUCGGCCUGGCCAAGGUGGCAAUCACGGGGUUUUAAGGAAUCCACGUGGACAGCCAUCUGGUCAGUAUGGUAGUGGGAUUCUCUCUGGGCCUAUUCAGUCAUUGGCAUCUCCGGGAGGGAUGCCACGGAAUAGCCCUGAUGCUGACAGGUGGCAGCGUGCUACUGGCAUUCAUAAGGGUUUGAUUCCUUCUCCUCAGACUCCUUUACAGGUAAUGCACAAAGCAGAGAAAAAGUAUGAAGUGGGUAAAGUGUCUGAUCAGGAAGAGGUGAAGCAAAGACAAUUGAAAGGCAUUCUCAACAAGCUUACGCCUCAGAACUUUGAAAAACUUUUUCAGCAAGUCAAAGAAGUUAACAUUGACAAUGCUGUCACUCUUACUGGCGUCAUCUCACAGAUUUUUGAUAAAGCUCUGACGGAGCCAACUUUCUGUGAAAUGUAUGCAAACUUCUGCUUACAUCUUGCUGGUGAGUUGCCUGAUUUCAGUGAGGACAAUGAGAAGAUCACUUUCAAAAGAUUGCUUUUGAACAAGUGCCAGGAGGAGUUUGAGAGGGGCGAAAGAGAGCAAGCUGAAGCUAACAGAGCUGAAGAGGAGGGGGAAAUUAAACAGUCCAAAGAGGAAAGAGAGGAGAAGAAGGUCAAGGCACGCAGGCGUAUGCUGGGGAAUAUUCGGUUGAUUGGAGAACUCUACAAGAAAAGGAUGUUGACAGAGAGAAUCAUGCAUGAAUGCAUUAAGAAGUUGCUUGGUCAGUAUCAGAAUCAUGACGAGGAGGAUGUUGAAGCUCUGUGCAAGUUAAUGAGCACAAUUGGUGAGAUGAUAGAUCAUCCCAAAGCCAAGGAACAUAUGGAUGCGUAUUUUGACAUGAUGCUGAAUUUAUCAAACAACCAGAACCUAUCUUCUAGGGUGCGAUUCAUGUUGAGGGAUGCGAUUGAUCUGAGAAAGAAUAAAUGGCAGCAGAGGAGGAAAGUUGAAGGACCAAAAAAGAUUGAGGAAGUUCAUAGGGAUGCAGCUCAAGAACGGCAGCUACAAGUAAAUAGAUCGUCACGUGGGCCUAGUAUAACUUCUUCGGCAAGGAGAGGACAACCUAUCGAUUAUGGUCCCCGUAGUUCCACUGUGUUUUCUCCCAGCUCCCAGCAGGGUGGCAUUCGCAAUUUGCCACCUCCGCUCCGUGGUGGAUAUAUAUCUGCUCAAGAUGCUCGGUUGGAAGACAGGCAUCCUUUUGAAAGCAGGACAUUGUCAGUUCCCUUGCCACAAAGGUCCACUGAUGAUGAUUCUAUUACCUUAGGUCCUCAAGGUGGUCUUGCCAGGGGCAUGUCUAUCAGAGGACAGCCACUGAUGUCAAGUGUUCCCUUGGCUGAUUCUUCUCCUAGCACUAGUGACCCUAGAAGAAUGGCAUCGGGUCCAAAUGGUUACAGUUCUGCAUCUGAUUGGACACCUUAUUACUCACGAGAAGAACUCACGCCGAGAUAUAUUCCAGAUAGGUUUGCAGCAACACCUGCUCAUGACCAAUCAAAUUCCCAAGACCGCACUAUAUCUUUUGGGAACAGGGAUUUCCGAAAUGCAGAUCGUCCUUUUGAUAGUUCCAUGGCAACUUCACCUGUCGCAGGCCGUGUGCAGGGACCUUCAACCGGGGCCCAUACUGUUUCUUCUGAACCUGGUUUGUCUGAAGAUCGUUUGCGAGAUAUGUCCAUAGCAGCCAUCCGGGAAUUCUACAGUGCCAGAAAUGAGGAAGAGGUUAGGCUAUGCAUAAAAGAUUUGAAGUCCCCAGAUUUCUAUCCAGACAUGGUAAUGCUCUGGGUCACAGACUCCUUCGACAGGAAGAAUGAUGUUGACAGGGAUCUGUUGGCUAAGCUUCUCGUAAACCUUAGCAAGUCUCGGGAUAGCUUGCUAAGUCAAGUACAGCUUGUCAGAGGCUUUGAAUCUGUGCUCUCCAUGUUGGAGGAUGCUGUGACCGAUUCUCCAAAGGCUGCAGAGUAUCUCGGCAGAAUCAUCGGGCAAGUCGUCGCAGAAAAUGUCAUUCCAUUAAAAGAGAUUGGUAGAUUGAUACACGAAGGUGGGGAAGAAUCAGGAUGCCUGCUACAAAGUGGGCUCGCAUCCGAUGUUCUUGUGAGCAUUCUCGAGAUCAUAAGAAGAGAGAAAGGGGACAAGGUUUUAAAUGAGAUCCGGGUGAGCUCCAACCUCCGGUUGGAGGAUUUUCAGCCCCCAGAUCCCAUCAAAACAAAGAAGUUGGAUGCAUUUAUUUAGAAGAUGGGACUGUAUGGGGCAAGGAAUUCAUGUUUAGAGAUGUUAUCUUGUUCAGGGCUCUUAUAUAUGGUCAUCUUUUUUCAUGUUUUAUUAUUAUUCAUUACUGUGCUGCAAUUGCUGAAAAAAAAAAAAAGAUCAAUGGAGCCAGGCUGAUGGCAGCAGCGAGGAAGAGGUGGUUUUCCAUA